ACAGCAGGUGGCUCCGGACUUCCCGCAGUCGCCGCAGCCGGGACGGGCAGCGCGCCCCGUCGUGCGCCGCAGUCCUCUGGGCCGCUCCCGCCGGGCGGGAUGGAGGCGGACGGGGACCGAGGGGAGCUGGCCCGGCUGCGCUCGCUCUUCGCUGCCUGCGACGCGAACCGCUCGGGGCGCCUGGAGCGCGAGGAGUUCGGCGCGCUGUGCGCGGAGCUGCGCGUGCGGCCGGCCGACGCCGAGGCCGUGUUCCAGCGGCUCGACGCCGACCGCGACGGCACCAUCACCUUCCAGGAGUUCGCGCGCGGCUUCCGCGGGGCCCUCCGCGGGGGGCGGCGCGGGGGCUGGGGGCCGCGGGAUCUCGCGCCCGCAGCGGCCCAGGCGGGGCCCGACCCCGCGCACGGCGAGGAGGACGAGGGCGACGAGGACGCGGCGGCGGCGCUGGCCGCCCCCUGGGGCCCGGCGAGCCCUGGCCUGGCUUGGCAGGACUUCCAGGCGCGACUCGGGGACGAGGCCAAGUUCAUCCCCAGGAAAGAACAAGUUAGUACCUUGUAUCAAAACAUCAACCUUGUGGAGCCCAGACUGAUUCAGCCAUACGAACACGUUAUAAAGAACUUCAUUCGUGAGAUCAGACUUCAAAGCACAGAAAUGGAAAACCUGGCCAUUGCAGUGAAGAGAGCCCAGGACAAGGCAGCCAUUCAGUUGAGUGAGAUGGAAGAGGAAAUGGAUCAGAGGAUUCAGGCUGCAGAACACAAGACGCGAAAAGAUGAAAAACGCAAAGCUGAGGAAGCCCUCAGUGACCUCAGACGUCAGUAUGAAACAGAAGUAGGAGAUCUACAGGUCACGAUAAAGAAACUCAAAAAGCUGGAAGAACAAUCCAAACACCUAAGUCAAAAAGAAGAUGUGGCUGCGUUAAAAAAACAAAUUUAUGAUUUAUCGAUGGAAAAUCAGAAAGUUAAGAAAGAUCUUUUAGAAGCACAGACAAGCAUAGCUUUUCUUCAGAGUGAAUUAGAUGCUUUGAAAAGUGAUUAUGCUGAUCAGAGUCUGAAUUCUGAAAGGGAUCUGGAAAUAAUCCGAGAGUACACAGAAGAUCGAAAUAGUCUUGAGAGGCAAAUUGAAAUACUCCAAAAAGCCAACAGGAAACUGCAUGACAGUAACGACGGCCUGAGGAGCGCUCUCGAAAACAGUUAUAGCAAGUUCAACAGGUCCUUGCGCAUAAAUAAUGUAUCACCAGGAAAUACACUUUGUAGAAGCAGUCUCAAAUUUAAUGGUCAUUCUCCUCAACCUCUGGGCUAUGACAGGUCAUCCCGCUCUUCCUACGUGGACGAGGACUGUGACUCGUUGGCCCUCUGUGAUCCUAUGCAGAGGAGGAACUGUGAGGUGGACAGCCUGCCUGAGAGCUGCUUUGACAGUGGCUUGUCUACCCUGAGAGAUUCCAACGAGUAUGAUUCGGAGGUAGAGGACAAGCACCAGAGAGGCUUUCAGAGGUCGCACGGCACACAGGAGAGCUUCGGGGGUGACGCUUCAGACACAGAUGUUCCUGAUAUAAGGGAUGAAGAGACGUAUGGUUCAGAAGAUGUGGCUUCUGUCUUAGACUGGAAGCCCCAGGGGUCUGUUAGUGAGGGCAGCACUGUUAGUUCUUCAAGAAAGCCCAUCCCAGCACUUUCAAUGCAGACAGACAUGGUGGAUGAUAACUAUAAAUCUUCCAGUUCACAGAAGGCUUACAAGAUUGUGCUUGCUGGGGACGCGGCAGUGGGGAAGUCUAGUUUCCUCAUGAGACUUUGCAAGAAUGAAUUUCGAGGAAAUACAAGUGCCACCCUGGGAGUCGAUUUUCAAAUGAAAACUCUCAUUGUAGACGGAGAGCGAACAGUUCUGCAGCUCUGGGAUACGGCUGGUCAGGAGAGAUUCAGAAGUAUUGCCAAGUCUUACUUCAGAAGAGCAGAUGGUGUUUUGCUGCUGUACGAUGUUACGUGUGAGAAAAGCUUCCUUAAUGUCCGAGAAUGGGUAGAUAUGAUUGAGGAUGCAACCCAUGAGAGCAUUCCUAUCAUGUUGGUAGGAAACAAGGCUGAUCUUCGUGACACUGCUGCCGCAGAGGGACAAAAAUGUGUCCCAGGAUACUUUGGAGAAAAACUGGCCAUGACCUACGGGGCAUUAUUCUGUGAAACAAGUGCCAAAGAUGGUUCAAAUGUAGUGGAAGCUGUUCUCCAUCUUGCUCGGGAGGUGAAAAAAAGAAUUGAUGAGGAUGACAGCAAAUCCAUUACCAAUCUGAGCGGGACCAAUUCCAAAAAGUCAAUCCAGAUGAAGAAUUGUUGCAAUGGUUAAAUCUCAAACAUCCUUGGCCAAUGAAGUCUUCGGGUCCAGAGUACUGAAUUUGUGUGACUUGUUUGCUUCUUACAUAGAGUGUUGCAUCCUGUGGACACUGUCAUAUGGAGAGUUACAGUGUGGGAAUCUGAACUGUGCUCUGGGGUCCCGCCAAAACCCCGGCUCCUCUUUGCUAUGUUUCAAUGAACGAUUUGGGCCUUCUGGUUAAAUAUACUUGUCCUUACAGAGUCUUAAAAGAUAACAUGUAAAUGUUUUUAAAGUGGUAAAAAAUCACAUGCUCAGAUCAAAGCUAUAGAAACUCACUGACACGCUUAGAUUCAUGUGGUAGCUGACUUUGUAUAAUCUAUGACAACGUUUACUUCAGACGUUCGAUACUCAUGUACUAGUGAAAGGGGGUUAUCCUCCUAGCUUUGCUGUUGACUAGCCUUGUGGUCUUGGACACAUCCCCAGCCCACGUUAGAUGUUUCCUUCUCUGUAACGUAGGCUGCGUGGCCUGGCCGCCCUGGCCUGGACACUCUCAGAUUCUGUAGCACUUGAAGCGAUGGGAGGGAGAGCGCCACGGCCCACAGUUAGUAAGGACUCUGGUUAUUUGUACUUUUUAAA